AUGACGUUUACAGUCUAUGGUUCAGGCUCAAACACACUGAGCUCUAAAGAACCCAUGCGUCGCUUUGUGUCUAUACGAGCAGCGUGGCUUCCACAGUUCUCCACCUCUGAUGAAGAGCAGUGUACAGCCGCUUCUCUAAAUGCUCUCAUUCAGAGAGCAGAGACCCCAACGGUGCUCUUUGUGUCUGUCAGACGACCAGAAUCUGAGGAGAGACAGGAGACGUUCACGGCAGCGGAGAUGGCGGAACCUGAAGCUCUCAAGGUAGAACAUGUAUACAAGAUCUUCUUCACACAUGGGUUUAAUCAUUUCCUCUGUGUGCCAGUGUCAGACCUGAGGCUGGUUCUCGUUGGAAAAACUGGAUCAGGAAAGAGCUCCAGUGGAAACACCAUACUGGGAAGAGACGCCUUCAGUGCAGCUGUCGGUCACUUGUCAGUGACCAGACACUGCUGUAAGCAGACAGGCGAGGUGUUGGACCGGCAGCUGACCAUCAUUGACACUCCUGGACUCUUUGACACUUCGCAAGCUGAUGAUUAUGUAAAGAGAGAGAUCUCCAAAUGCAUCAACAUGUCGGCCCCGGGGCCCCACGCCAUCCUGCUGGUCAUCAAGGUGGGGUCCUUCACAGCGGAGGAAAGAGACGCCGUCAGGCAGGUGGAGGAGAUGUUUGGACAGGACGCCUGGAAGUACACCAUCAUCCUCUUCACACACGGAGACAGAGUCACGUCAGACGUCAAACAGAUGCUGCAGGAGGCUGGACCAGAGCUGCAGACGAUCCUGAGGAAGACAGGAAACAGAUACCACAUCUUCAACAACCUCAAAAUCAACAAUCGUAGACAGGUCCUGGAUCUGUUAGAGAAGGUGGAGGAGAUGGUUGGUGCCAACGGAGGACAGUUUUACUCCAACAACAUCUACGAAGGGGCGGUGGAAAUGCUGCGUCAGAGAGAGACCGAACUCAGAGAGUUCUACGAGAAGAAACUGGAGGAAGAAAUCAAAUCUGUGAAGUCAGAGUACGAGAAGAAGCUGAGUGAAGCUGUAGAGGAGCACCAAAAGGUGGAGAAGAGACUGCAGUCAGAGCUGCAGGAGGUGAAGAGGUAUUAUCAUGUUUUAGAGAGCGGAGUCCGUCAUGUUGUGGAGCAGACGAUGCCGACUGACUCCUUCAAUGAAGUUCUUUCCCAGUUCAAUGAGAAGCUGAAGCUGAACUUACUUUCUUAAAAGCUUCUGCUCUGUUUACUGUGUUCAUCUUUACCAACUCUGUAACUAUUGUUUGUCUAAACUUUGUUCUAACCCCUUAGAGCUUUAAAGUUACAGGAAAAGUGAUUUAGAAUUUAGGAAUGUAUCUUCUGUAUCUAUAUCUAUGUGACGCACUGUCUGCAGCAGCACAGAGAAAACAUCCAAUAAUGACUAAAAAUCUCAGUGAUCGUUCAGAUUUCUCCCCCAGAGUCAAGACAUUUGUGUUACAAUUAAGUUAAAAAUUUAAAUUGAUUAAAUUCUAGCUUCAUGUGUUGCAACUUUGUAACUUUUUCAGUGUCACACUGCGCAGUCCCUGCCGCAGACACCUCAGUUGAUGCCCAUGCCCAAAUCGAUAAUCAAAAUAAUUACUAGUUUGAACAUGGCUGCAAAAUUCUGAGUUUGUGUGCAUCCUAAAGUGCUCAAACAUGUUAGAAAUAUUACAUAACGGGCGCCCGGUUAGCUCAGUUGGUAGAGCAGGUGCCCAUAUAUAGAGGUUUAGUCCUCGGCGCAGCGGUUCAGGGUUCGAUUCCGACCUGCGGCCCUUUGCUGCAUGUCGUUCCCCCCUCUCUCCUCUUUCAUGUCUUCAGCUGUCCUGUCAAUAAAGGCCUAAAAAUGCCCAAAAAAUAAUUUGGAAAAAGAAUUACCUAAUAUAUCUUUAAUACUAGACAUAUUCAGACAGCUGGAGAUAGAUAUGAAUAUGGUGGAUAAACUAUAAGUGAUAUGUAAACUGCAUUAUAGUGAUUUAAAAUUAAAAAAUUUCAACUCUGUAAAUGUUGUAAUCUUUAAACCUUUUUAUAAACAACUGAUCUCUGAUUUGGUUUGAAAUUAGAGCCUGUAUCAUGUAAAACAG